AUGGGUGCUGCGAAUGGCAGUGGUAAUGCUGAAACUAUGGAGCAUCAAUCUACUCUUGGCAAAUAUAGAAGUAACAGAUCGCCUAUGCGCUCUAGGUCUCAUAAUCAGUUGACCAGAAGCGAAAACUCACCUAUAGUGCAAGAGGAAUCUAUAAUCGAACGAUUUUCUAAUAUUGGUAUUAGUAAAACCAAUCCUCUCAGACUUAUUGACAAUUAUCUCAAUGAACGACUUGUGUCCCUUGAAGAAGCUCUUGAACCUGUCGUUGUUCAAAUUGAUUCUUUGCCUUCCUAUAUUGAAAAAGCUAAAGCCAAGUGUCACUAUCCAUCAGAAUAUCGUCUUACUCUUGAUGAAUCAGCUGCUAUCUACAUUUAUACAAUGAAAUGGGAGGGCCAAUGUCUCUAUGAUCAAUUGCAAGCAGCAUGGGCAUCUGAAGAUCGAUCGGAAAUGAAGCCAUGGUUUAAAUAUCUGAAGUUAUUCAGAAGAGCACUUGAUAAAUUACCUAGCACAAAUGAUGAAAUUUGGCAAGGGACUCAUUAUGAUGAGACUCUCAACGAGACAUUAGCUUCAGAGUCAUCAUCGUUCUAUUCUUCUAUGGCUUUAUGUUCACCAUCGAACAUGACUAUUGUAGAUUAUCUCCAGGCAAAUGUUGGUACAAAUUUGGUUAUUGUUGGUUUUAAGUCUGUAAAUGGGAAAUCAAUAUCACAUUAUUCAGCUAAUCAAUCAAAGCAGAUCAUGCUAUGGCCUGGUAUAAAGAUGGAUGUAGCAAGAAUGAUCAUGGUAAAUGAAACUAGUUCAGUGAUUGUACAUGUCGUAGGAUCGACUAAUCCUCGCGUAUUAAUGGCGACCAAAUCGCAAGCAAUUGAAAGACAUUUUAAAUGUCGAAAUAAAGCUUAUAGAUGUUCACUUGACAUGUAA